GAGGACUCAGGACCCUGGUUUGACCUUUGUGAACCUUGGUCUGACCUGUUCUAUCCCCCACUGGAGCCACUGGAGGCCGGCCGGGACCAUGAGGAGGAGCACGCCGUGUGACCAGGGCCGGCGUCCCAGCAGCUCCAGGAUCUGAUCCCAGCACCGCACCGAGCCCGGAGGACCGAGACCCGAAGGAGAUGGGGAUGAGAGAGGCCCAGUGACAGCGCUGACCCCCCCGACCCCCCGACCCAGGAAGCAGACAUGAGUCUCCGCCAACCCACCUCCACGCUGGACAGGCUCAGCAGUCUGACCAUCGGGGACUCGGAGCGCAAAUCCUCUGCCACCCAGCAGAGGGAGCCAGCACCUGACAUCCAGCUUGAGACCACGGGUCCUGGUCUAGUCCAGAGAUGUGUGGUGGUGCAGAAGGACCAGCUCGGGUUCGGAUUCACAGUUUGCGGAGAGAGAGUGAAGCUCGUGCAGAAUGUCCGACCAGGGGGCGCAGCAGUCAAGGCCGGAGUCCAAGAAGGGGAUCGAAUCAUAAAGGUGAACGGCUCGCUGGUGUCGUCCAUGUCCCAUCAGGAGGUGGUGAAGCUCAUCAAAUCUGGGCCGUACGUAGCUCUGACACUACAAGGACCCCCCCCAUCAGCGGCCUCCUUGCCCCUGGAGCCCCUCCACACCGACCUCACGCCCAAUCACAGAACGUCUCUAGGCGGGGAGGCUCCACCCCCUCCGCCCCCGCCCCUGCCCUCUGGACUGAGCAGCAACCCUUCCCAAAGAAUCACUGGACCCAAACCACUACAGGACUCAGAAGUACAAAAACACGCCACUCAGAUACUCAGGAAGAUGCUGGAGCAGGAAGAAGCUGAGCUGCAGGACUUGAUGGAGGAGCACUCGAGGAACCCGUCAGCCGCCCUGCUGGAGCGGAUUGAGAGUGCCAAGAGGAGGGCUCACCAAGUCCGGGUCAAGAUCCAGCAAGAUGUGGAGGGAACACGAUCAGAAUCUAUCGCGAGUUAUGUCAUAGCAGGAGAAGGUCGACAAUCAGUGGACGUGAGUGAAGGAGACGUGGAGGCCUUUGAGAGUCCCCACUCCUCCCCCUCAUCCUCCUUCCGGACCCCCCUCCACCGACGGCAGAGCUCCGACACUCACACCCUCUCUGACUCGGGUGGAAAGGCCCAGAUCAUCGGCCCUGAGGAAGAGGAUGAAGAAGAUGAUGGUUAUGCAUUUAAUGAGAUGGACGGCCCCUUCCAGGACAUUGAGUUGUUGAAAUCUCGACCCGCUCACAUGACAGUGUUCAUGAGAUACGUCUUCACUCAGCUCCUGGACCCCAACCCACUGCUGUUCUACCUGUCGGUGGAGGCCUACCUGGGCUCCAGUCCCAAAGACGCCCGCGCACUUGCACCGCAGAUCUGCUCCCAUUUCCUGGACCCGGACGCUCCGCUGAAAAUCAAAGUACGGGAGGAGUUUCUCACAGAUAUCGAGAGUCGGCUCCAUGCUCAGGAGGACAUCCGAGGACCUCUGUCCGAGCUGCAGCAGCUGGUGCUGCCGGACAUCCAGGACCAGAUCCAGGACUACAGGAACAAGCAGAUGAUGGGUCUCGGCUCCCUGUUUGGAGAAGGAGACCUGCAGCACCUGGACGGAGACCCGGCCAAAGAGAGACAGGUGGUGGACAGACAGGUCACCGCCCUCUGGGAGAUACUAUCGAAGCACGAAGAAGACCGAAGUUCUCCUCUGGCUUCAGCGGUCCUCCUCUACCUGCGGCACUCUGGCAUCAAGCUGAGAGACUCCAAGGUGUUCCCGGGUCUGAGCACAGAGAAGGAGAAGUGGCUCGCCUUCCUGAAGACCAAGAAGCUGAGUGGAACCAAGAAGGAAAAGGAAAAAGAUGGAGAGGAUAAGAAGAGAAAUCCCAUCCUGAAGUACAUCAAACCCCGCUCCACAUCCCAGUCCACAUUCCAUGUCCCGUUGUCACCCAAUGAAGUCCGUCCUGGCAGUGUGAGGAACAUCAUUCAGCAGUUUGAGAAUCACACGGAGACGACAGGAGAGGAGGGAGGUGAAGCUGCUGACCCCCCCCGGCUCUCCUCCAGCAGCCUGGGAGAAGACAGCAUGGACAGCCCGACGGUCUCCGUGCGUCUGGCACGCAGCGAGUCGCUGAAGGCUCAGGGAGAAGGCCGUCGGAGGGGCGUGGCCUCUGCGACCGAGUCCGUCCCCCGCUCCCGCAGCGAUGUGGACAUGGAGGACUGUGGAGAGGAGCGGGAGGGGCCGGGCCUCAGGCCGCUGCAGCACAGCGCCUCCUCCUCGGCGUCCAGCAGCUCUGCACGGUCUCUAGAGAACCCUACACCCCCAUACACGCCUCGGUCUCGACGCAGGAGCGUGGACUCGCCGCUGGCGCUGCUGCCGGACGCCGCGGCGUUGGAAGAGGAGGUGUGUGACGGUCAGAACUGGCAGGACACGGUGUCUCCUCAGCUCCUCGCCACGCUCAGCCCAAAGGAAGUGGACAGACAGGCGGUUAUAUACGAGCUGUUCACCACCGAGGCGUCCCACCUGCGGACCUUGAGGGUCCUGGACCAGGUCUUCUUCCAGAAGAUGAGGUCUGUCCUGAACUCUGAUGAGCUGGCCUGCAUCUUCCCCAACCUGCCUCAGGUCUACGAGCUCCACGCGAGUCUGUGUGAGGCCAUGAAGAAGAGAAGAGAGACUCCCAUCGUUCAGGACAUCGGGGACGUCAUGCUGGCCAGGUUUGAAGGUGCAGCUGGAGACGAGUUCCAGGAGCAGGCGUCGCAGCUGUGCAGUCAGCAGUCCCAGGCUGUGGAGCUCAUCAAGAACAAGAAGAGGAAAGACCCUCGCUUCGCUCACAUCAUCCAGGAGUGUGAGGCCAGUCCACACUGUCGCCGGCUGCAGCUCAAAGACCUUCUGGUUUCAGAGAUGCAGAGAAUCACCAAGUACCCUCUGCUGCUGGACAACAUCAUGAAGCACACCGAGGCCGGUCUGUCCGACCUGCCCUCACUACAGCGGGCCCAGGCGUGUUGCAGAGGAAUCCUCCAGGUCGUCAACGAGGUCGUCGGGGAAACCGAACACCGGCAACGCCUCAGCCAAUACCAACGCAGGCUGGACGCUGCCCCUCAGUUCAAGAGUUUGGACCUGACCACAAAGAGAAUGAUCCAUGAAGGUCCUCUCACCUGGAAAGUGAGCAAGGACAAGCAGAUCGAGAUCCAAGCGCUGCUGCUGUCGGACUGCCUGGUCCUCCUGCAGAGGGGUCCCGACGACCGGCUGCAGCUGAGGUACCCGUCCCGCUGGCUGGGGGGGGGCAGCGUGGGGGGCAGCGCCGACAGCAAGACGUCCUUCAGCCCCCUGGUGAAGCUGGACUCGCUGCUGGUCCGCCCGGUGGCCACAGACAACAAAGCUCUCUACGUCAUCAGCACCACGGAGCGUCAGAUCUACGAGCUGGUGGCCGGGACGUCGUCAGAGAAGAACACGUGGAAAGAUUUUCUUGAAAAAACUGUCUCAUCGGCCGACGGCUCGUCUCCUCUGAUCAAUCACAGCUGUGUCCCCAUUCCUUCUCCCAGAACACGCAGUGCAUCCCCAGUGUCCAGCAGCAGCAACGUCUACGAGGACAACUCGUUGACGGAGCAGUCCGUUUCCAUGGAGACUCAUUCCUCCGACGACAUGGCGCUCUCUGACAUCACACCCAUGGACCAAUCGGGAGCCUUCAUCUGCGGUGAAAGACGAACGGUUUGUGUGGCCGAGGCGGCGUUACAAGACGUUGAAACACUGCGACGCCUCAUCAUACGAGACCUGGAGGACGAUGGGUGGAGCCAUGACUCGGAUGACACACCCACCAACGAGACGGCCAAUGAGGGGAGCUCGCUCAGUGAAAGGCAGCGCCCGGAAUCCCUGGAGACCAUCCUGAACUUCAGCACCGACGACUGGGAGGCGGAGCCUGACGAGGCUCCUCCCUCAGACGCCGAGCCGCCCGGCGUCCAGGUCGUGAGGACAGCUGUGGUUGCGGGUCCUCCUCCUCCUCCUUCUUCUUCUUCUGUCCCUGAUGGCAUCACUGAUGAUGUCACCCUCCCUUCCGACCAAUCGUCCGAGCUGAGCGGCGAAGCGUCCACGCAGGGGAACACUUUCUACUUGGUCAUGCCGACAGAGCCGGGAGAGAGCAACUCCGACGACCUCAUCGCCCCCCCCACCGCCAGCCACUCCCCUCGGCCUCUGCAGGAGGAGGAGGAGGAGCCAGCCUGUGGUCCGGAGCCCGACCAAUCGGAGGCUACGCGACAGGAACAGGAAGAGGAAACGGCUCGGUCGCAGGCCGGCCACCAGAGCAACGUGAUCAAGAACGUGGACGAGAUCUUCAACACGAUCGAGGGGCUGAUGAGCAAGUUGCGUCACCUGAAGGAAAUAGAAAAGGAUCAUCACAAGCUUUUGAAAACCAUCACUGAGCUGUCUGUCAAUCAAGAGUCCGAGGAGCAGCUGUGUCACUCGGCGUCUGUCUCCAGGACGCCGUCGCUGGACCGCGGCUCGGGGGACGUAAAAGAAGUGAAUGCUGCAGAACCCAAGAUUCAGUCGACUGGAUUCUGACGUCCCUCCAGAGCGGAUCUACUCGCAGUCCUUCACUUUGGAUUGGUGGCACACGGACUUAACCAUGAGGAGCUGCUGUCGGACUC